AUGGCCACGAAAGUUUAUAUUGUGUUCUAUUCUAUGUAUGGGCAUGUAGAGAAACUGGCCGAAGAAAUAAAGAAAGGGGCUUCAUCUGUUGAAGGAGUUGAAGCUAAAAUAUGGCAGGUCCCUGAGACAUUACCAGAUGAGGUUCUAACGAAAAUGAGUGCACCUCCAAAGAGUGAUGUACCUAUCAUAACACCUAGUGAACUUCCCGAGGCUGAUGGCUUUGUAUUUGGCUUUCCCACAAGGUUCGGAAUGAUGGCUGCCCAAUUCAAAGCAUUUCUUGAUGCAACUGGAGGCCUAUGGAGAACACAACAGCUUGCUGGGAAACCUGCUGGGAUCUUCUACAGCACUGGAUCUCAAGGCGGGGGACAAGAAACUACUGCGUUGACUGCUAUCACUCAGCUUGUUCACCAUGGAAUGAUAUUCGUGCCCAUUGGAUAUACAUUCGGAGCCGGCAUGUUUGAAAUGGAGAAAGUUAAAGGCGGAAGUCCUUAUGGUGCUGGAACUUUUGCUGGUGACGGAUCAAGACAGCCAUCCGAGCUUGAAUUAGAACAGGCUUUUCACCAAGGGAAAUACAUUGCCAUCAUCACCAAGAAACUGAAGGGAGCUGCCUAA